UAUAAUAGGCGGCGGCUGCGGCGGCGGCGUGAGGAGGCGGCGGUGGUGGUGGUGGCUGCGUGCGGCGCCAUGUGCGGAAUCUUUGCUUAUCUGAACUACAGAGUACCUCGGACUCGGAAGGAGAUAUUUGAGACUCUGAUCAAAGGACUUGAGAGACUAGAAUACAGAGGAUAUGACUCAGCAGGUGUUGCCAUUGAUGGAAAUGAUAAUAAAGAUAAAGAGAGGUUCAUCAAACUGGUCAAGAAAAGAGGAAAGGUAAAGGCCCUGGAUGAAGAAUUAUACAAACAAGAUGGUCUGGACCUAAAGGUAGACUUUGAAACACAUUUUGGAAUUGCUCACACUCGUUGGGCAACCCAUGGAGUCCCCAGUGUAGUAAACAGUCACCCUCAGAGAUCAGGUAAAGGGAAUGAAUUUGUUGUUAUCCAUAAUGGAAUCAUCACAAACUAUAAGGAUCUGAGAAAAUUUCUGGAAAGCAAAGGCUAUGAGUUUGAAUCUGAAACCGAUACAGAAACCAUCCCCAAACUAAUCAAAUAUAUAUAUGACAACAGAGAGACCGAGGACAUCAGCUUUUCAGCAUUGGUGGAAAGAGUUAUUCAGCAGCUGGAAGGUGCUUUUGCCUUGGUUUUCAAGAGCAGCCAUUAUCUGGGUGAAGCUGUUGCUGCCAGGAGAGGAAGUCCUCUACUCAUUGGAGUUCGCAGCAAAUACAAGCUUUCCACUGAACAGAUUUCUGUCCUGUAUAGGUCAUGCAACAUUGAAAACGUGAAGAAUAUAUGCAAGACCCGAAUGAAAAGAUUGGAUGGUUCUACCUACCUUCAUGCUGUUGGAGAUAAAGCAGUAGAAUUUUUCUUUGCUUCUGAUGCAAGCGCCAUCAUUGAACACACCAACAGAGUAAUCUUCCUAGAAGAUGAUGAUAUUGCAGCAGUAACUGAUGGGAAACUUUCUAUCCAUCGACUGAAACGUUCAGCUAGUGAUGACCCCUCUCGAGCCAUCCAGACUUUGCAGAUGGAAUUGCAGCAAAUAAUGAAGGGUAACUUCAGUGCAUUUAUGCAGAAAGAAAUCUUUGAACAACCAGAAUCUGUUGUCAAUACCAUGAGAGGCAGAGUGAAUUUUGAGAACAGUACUGUUCUGUUGGGUGGUCUUAAGGAUCAUUUGAAAGAAAUCAGGAGGUGCCGCCGACUGAUCAUCAUUGGUUGUGGAACCAGUUAUCAUGCUGCAGUAGCUACUCGACAAGUGCUGGAAGAAUUGACAGAGCUGCCUGUGAUGGUGGAACUUGCUAGCGACUUCCUGGACAGAAACACUCCUGUAUUCAGGGAUGAUGUGUGCUUCUUUGUCAGUCAGUCAGGUGAGACUGCAGAUACACUUAUGGCCUUGCGGUAUUGUAAGGAACGUCGAGCUUUGACGGUUGGCAUUACAAAUACUGUGGGAAGCUCAAUAUCCAGAGAUACUGACUGUGGUGUACAUAUCAAUGCAGGCCCAGAGAUAGGUGUGGCAAGCACAAAGGCUUACACCAGCCAGUUCAUCUCUCUUGUAAUGUUUGGCCUGAUGAUGUCUGAAGACAGAAUUUCCCUGCAGAAAAGGAGACAGGAGAUCAUCAGUGGGCUGCAAUCAUUACCAGAGAUGAUUAAAGAAGUCCUGUCCUUGGAUGAGAAGAUACAUGAUUUGGCUCUUGAAUUGUACAAACAGAGAUCGCUUUUAGUGAUGGGUCGUGGUUAUAAUUAUGCUACUUGUCUGGAAGGAGCAUUGAAAAUCAAGGAAAUCACAUACAUGCAUUCUGAAGGUAUCUUGGCUGGUGAACUGAAGCAUGGGCCACUGGCCCUUAUUGAUAAGCAAAUGCCUGUUAUCAUGGUAAUUAUGAAGGAUCCCUGCUUCAACAAAUGCCAGAAUGCUUUGCAACAGAUCACUGCUCGACAGGGUCGCCCAAUCAUUUUGUGUUCUAAAGAAGAUACAGAAAGCUCAAAAUAUGCAUACAAAACUAUUGAGCUGCCACACACAGUUGACUGUCUCCAAGGGGUUCUGAGUGUUAUUCCCCUCCAGCUGCUUUCAUUCCACCUGGCUGUUCUCAGAGGAUAUGAUGUGGAUUUUCCAAGAAACCUGGCCAAAUCUGUGACAGUGGAAUAAACACCCUGCAACUUUUGUCACCAAACUUCUAAAUUUGUAUUCUACAAAUGUAUUGUUAUUCAUUGAGUACACAACUUUCUAAGUAGAAUGAUGAUAUUGUUAACUGGAAAGUGUUGAGGAAGGUUGGCUUGUUUGUUUUUUAACUUGUUCUGACACCCGUUUUUAAAAGCUUUUGAUGUGCCUUGUACCCAAGUGCUUUUGCUUACAGCAAAUGUUUCUCUAAAUAACUAAUAUUGCCAAAAGAGAAAGAAAGGAAAUCAUUGUUUACACAUGGUAUAGUGAAUGACGUUUUCUACUAUUGUGCAAUAUAUAUAUACAGCUCUGUUUUAGAGUAACUGUGAACACUUUUAGCCAACACUACUUUAACUAGUUUUAAAAACAAUGUAUUUAUAAGUACAGUUGUAUAGCUUUAAGUUAUUAUUUUUUUUAGUAUGUUGCUCAUCUGUAGCAUUGUUUAAUGCCCUGAAUGUAUAUCCUGAGCAUGGUAACAUUUAUUCAUUUGUGUACAGGGUCAUUGUUAUGGUCUUGUAUUUCAGCUUUGAUCUGGAACUCUAUGGGCACUUUUUUACAUGUGCCCUGGGGGUGGGGGAGAGGCAUCGCUUUAAUUAAAGCGGCUCUGAGAGCCACUCUAAUUAAAGCACAGCAGUGUCUUGUAUAUCAGUGGCCCUUGCACUUCAAAAUGGCAGCGGGGGCACUUGAACUAAAGCUCAUUGAAUGAACUUCAGUUCAAAUACCUCCACCACCUUUUUGAAGUGUGGGGACACUGCACGAGAUGCAGGAAGCUGCUGGAGCGCAGUAAUUACCAUGCUCCGAGAGACUCCAUUUAAUCGAGUCUGCUCUGACACAGUGUAAUUAGACAGGUUGGAGCAGCCUCUGCGCUUGUGUACAGACAUCCUGUAGCUGUUUUUUCUUUCUCUUGGUCUCCUUUCUAACUGUUUUUUGCCAUUUUCUGUUAACUAUUUGUUACCUCAACUUCUUUGACGGAAAUCUAUUUGGAGAUAUUCAAACUUCAGCUUUAUUUAACCAACCAACCAAUCAACAUUAUUAACUCAUUGAAUUUUUUUACCACAUACAUAGUCCCAGUUUUGAUUCAUUUGACAUGUAAAGUAUAACAAAAUAAGGCAAUGGUAUUUUCAAGUGGAUUACUAUACUUCUGUUGGAGAUUGUACAAUCAAAUUACUAUGCAAUUAAAGAAAACGGAUCAUGUAAACUCUUAUGUGCAAUCUUUUACCAACUCCUUCCUCUUCCAGUUAACUAUUCUUGAGUACAGUUGCAUCUGACUCCACACGUGGAGUUUUCUUCACUGAUGGGUUUUGUAUCAGACAAAAAAUGAAAGCACUUCAUGAAGUUUGUGGAAAGGGAGGAAUAGUUUUGGAAAAGGAGGAAUAGUUUUGUGCUUAAGGCACCUGGUUAGGUUUCAAAAUAUGAAUCCAAAUCUCAGAUGUGCUGCUGGAUUUAUGUGACAUUGGGCAAAAAAUCUCUGUGUCCUAAAUGGGGACAUUACAGAUGGUCCUAUUCUUUCUACUAUCUUUCCUCUGCCACCUAGUAAGCUGCAAAACUCCUCUGGGGCAAGGACUGUCUUAAAAUUUGUGUACUUGGUACAAAGGGAACCCCAGUCUGAACUUAUUCCUUAUUAAUGUAUACACAUAAUGUAGCCAUAAUAUCUGUUUUGUACAAAAACUUGGCAUCUUUAUAACCUUUUUCUGUACUCCUUAUCAAUCUAAAAGCUACAUCUUUUGGGUGCAGUAGUAUCUCCUGCACACACUGAAUUUUAUAGAUGUAGUUGAACUAUUAACUCUGUAUAUUCUGUCUUCCUUUGAGUUGGCUGAGCUAAAAAGACAUUUCGCACAAUUUUUAAACAGGAAGGUACAUUUUGUAUUUCACCACUUAUUAUUUGUGGCCAUAAUAACACUUUUUAUGCUUUUUGUGCCAAGCAAAACCUCACCAGAGAUGAAUACUUUUAAAACGGUUUGAACCUACCAUCUCCUGGUUACGCUCGUGCUGAUGAGCAGGAUUUAGAUCUAGCUUCUCUUGCUGGGAAAGGUCUAAAAGAGGAUUUGUUUCUUGCUGGACAUCCUGAAGAGCACAAAGCGUCUCUUCUCUAACAGUGACCGGUUUUGUAUGCUUCAAAGAACAAAGAACUUUUAACCAACGGAGCUGGACAAGUGUCAUAUAUGUACUGAAUUACUGAGACUUUUUUUUGCCCUUACUGCUGAUCAUCUCCUUCCCCAAAGCAAUGAUGAUCAGUGUGACAUUGCAACUUUAAUCUUACUGAGCAUUGCUAAUAAUUUUAAGUGGUUAAAUCAAAGAUUUCAGAAGCCAAGACCAGAAGGGUGGUGUGACUUUCUUUUUUUCCCCUCUUCUUCCAAAUUCUUCCUCCUAUAUUCAAAAGGUGGGGGAAAAGGCAGUGCACAUGCACAUGACUUACAGUGCAUCAUCUUUUGUUAAAAUUUGCUCAUUGCUUAAAGAAAAGUGAGUGGCUUCAAUACAAAAGGCUGAACUUUAAUAAAAGAAAUGAAAAAACA